UACAAUGAACAAUUAUACAUAAACAUCGAUAAAGCAAUUUUCUUGUAGUAAUAAUCGACUGAUUCAUUUAUUUUCUGUCCAGAAGAUGUGUUCUGUGGACAACUCGGACAAAAUACUUCCCCUGAAUUAUGGCACAAGAGGAAAGCACCCGUUUUAAAAUCGUGGCAAUUAAGUGUCAAGAGUUUAAUGAGACCUCUUCACCUUUGGGUCGCUCUGGUUGCGCGUUUGGUUUUAAUUGCUGUUAUUAAAUAAAUCAAUUCUCUUCUUCCACUGAUUCUUCAGCGGUUUUGACUGGCAUUCGUAAUUGAUACGUUUGGGGUGAAGGCAUUAUGUGUGAACCGUUUCCGAAUCCCUAAUGCGGAUUUCAAGUGCAUAAUACACAUAACCAUUGGUCCAAGAGUUGAGCGUGUUUUACUAAUGACUAAGAUUCUGGAAGUCUAAAUGUAGAAAAUUUAUUUUGGCGAUUGCGGUUGUCAUGGUGAAAAGACAAGUGGAUGAUGUUUAUGGGAUGGAGCGCGCACAUUUAAAGGGUGUUUCGGUGCGAGAUUUUGGAAACCGAAGCGCUUUCACUACCGACAUGAACGCGAGACGCUGUGAGGAUUUUACCAGAGAACUUUCAAGCAACAUUUGUAUGAGCUUACCGGAAGCAAAGAAUGGCCGAUCUGAUCCGGCUUCUCCAUCUGCUUUACCUGAAACAAUGGCAUCUGAUGCUUUUCAAGGCAAAGCAGUUUGCACAAGGUGUAGAGAGCACAUCCUAGACAGGCAUCUGCUUAAGGUGAAUGACAUGUGCUGGCAUGCGAGAUGCCUUUCAUGCAGUGUGUGUCAGACCACCUUGAGCGAACAGACAACCUGCUAUGUCCGAGAGCGUGAGAUUUUCUGCAAGCUACAUUACUUCAGGAGGUUUCAGACAUGGUGCUCGUGCUGCAGAGAAACGCUUCACUCUUCAGACUGGGUUCACAGAGCAAAGGGAAAUGUUUACCAUCUAGCAUGUUUCUCCUGUUUCUCCUGUAAAAGGCAGCUGUCCACUGGAGAGGAGUUCGCAUUGGUUGGGGAAAAACUGCUGUGCCGAAUCCAUUACAGCAGCAUGCUGGACAAACUCAACAGACCUGCUGAAAAAGGGAAAUCCGUCAGUCCUGAAAAAGCAUUGGCUGCUGGCUGUGAGAUAAAACAAAAACCAUCUAAAAGAGCACGUACCAGUUUCACUGCAGACCAGCUCCAGGUUAUGCAGGCUCAGUUUGUUCAGGACAAUAAUCCAGACGCACAGAUGCUUCAGAGUCUUGCUGAACAGACUGGACUUAGUCGACGCGUCAUUCAGGUCUGGUUUCAGAACUGCCGUGCGCGUCAUAAGAAGCACGUUUCUACCCCUCAUUCAGCUGGUCUGUCUUCACUGUCGUCCACAUCCACUGUGAAUGAGCUGAGAUAUACAGAAACAACCCUGCUUACAGGACUGCACAACACCUGCAUACAUGUGAACACAGCAUCAUCUCUGCUCUAUCAGCCUUUACUGUACCACCAGUCCACUCAUCUACCAAUCAGCAGCAGCUAAACAUUUUACACCUCACUUCGACAUGUAGUCUACACUUACUGUAAAUGUGAGCAUGACCCAUGUAUUAAAGGGAUAGAUGACCCAAAAUAAACAUUUGCUCACUCUAUUGUGCUCACUCUAUUGUACUCUCUCUCUCUCUCUCUCUCUCUCUCUCUCUCUCUCUCUCUCUCUCUCGGGAUUCUGUUGAACACAAUAGAAUAUGUUUAGAAGAAUCUUGGAAACCUGUAACCACUGAAUUCCUUAGGAGAAAAAAAAACCAGGGAACUCAGAAGUUAACAGUUUCCAACAUGUUUUACUACAUCUUCUUUUCUGUUAUAGAGAAUAAACACAAACAUGUUUCAGUCAACUGAAAAAAUGAGUAAAUUAUAACAUUUUUUGCUUGAACUAUGUGUUUAUUUAUCAUAGUUUAUGCUGUUGCUACAAUCAAAAUAAAAAUAACUUAUUGA